AUGACUGUCCAAACUGUACUACUUCACAAACUUCACCUAUAAUUUAAAAGCACCUUUAUCUGAGACACUGCCUUGCGCACAGGGAGCGUCUUCAAGAGGUUUGUUUGAUCGUUUACCUUUAUUAUCCAGUGGCUUCAUAAACGCAGCGCUGUCACCGUCCAAUGAAAGACGCAGUUGACGAGCGGAACAGCUCCGUCAUUUUGACUGCUGAACUACAAGUCGAAGCAGGUCGGACAAAGAGUCGCAUAUUUCAAUGCUACCGCCGAGUUCAGACUUCUUUAGACUGCGUGAACAGCGCUUGACGGACAUUAUAAUAUUGAGCUGAAAGGGAAUUGUUUGGUAGCGAUUAUGUUUUUGUCUUUUGUAGCCCGUUUCCUGUUCAACGACAACUUUUGACAAAUCUAGUGUCUACGGAGAACGACAGUGAGGAUUUUCACUGACGGAGAGUAGGCAGACAGGAUGUUUAGUCUUACUGAAGUUGCCUCCCUUAAUGACAUCCAGCCAACUUAUCGCAUUCUGAAACCAUGGUGGGAUGUGUUCAUGGAUUACAUUGGCGUGAUAAUGUUGAUGUUAGCCAUCUUUUCCGGGACUAUGCAGUUAUCCAAAGACCAAGUGGCAUGUCUUCCAAUUCUCGAGAAAAACAUAAACCUUGAGGGGGCACAAAAUCGAUCAGAAUGUUCCUUAUCAUUUCCGGGCAGAGGACCUCCAACAACUAAAGACCUUCCUGACAGUGUUGCGAAUGAGCUUCUUAACACUCAACCUGCCCCCUUACCAAAAGAAGGAGUGUGGACUCAACCUCAGCCUACAGGAGUUAAAACAAACCUGGACUUCCAGCAGUAUGUUUUUGUCAACCAAAAGUGCUACCACGAUGCCUUACCAUGGUUUAACAAGUACUUCCCUUACCUUGCCCUCAUACACACUAUAAUGCUAAUGGUGAGCAGCAAUUUUUGGUUCAAGUACCCAAAGACUAGCUCAAAGAUCGAACACUUUGUUUCCAUUUUGGGGCGGUGCUUUGAAUCACCAUGGACAACGAAAGCAUUGUCUGAAACCGCUUGUGAAGAUUCAGAGGGAACCAAGCAGAGGUUUACUGGUGGUUCUGUUUAUCACAAACACGUAUCUUCAGAGGACAGUCAGUCUACUCCUUUGGUGGAAACUCCAACAGUGCCAUUUUCAACUGAAAAGCUCAUCGCAGAAGCUCCCAGCCUUACCACCUUGGAUAAAAAAGACGGCGAACAAGCCAAAGCCCUUUUUGAGAAAGUGCGGAAAUUUCGAGCUCAUGUAGAAGACAGCGACUUCAUUUACAAACUCUAUGUGGCUCAGACGACGAUAAAAGUCCUAAAAGUCAUACUGAUCUUGAGCUAUACGUCAACAUUUGCUGCAGAAAUAAGCUUCUGCCAUAUUUGCAAACCUAAAGUGGAAAGUUUGACAGGAUAUGAUCAGUUCUUCUGCACACACAACAUGGCAUUCAUGUUAAGGAAACUUCUCUUCACUUUCAUGGCUAUGAUCUGUCUCUAUGGAUUGGUGUGUCUGUACACGCUCUACUGGCUCUUCAGGAGACCUCUUAAGGAGUACUCUUUUGAAAAAGUCAGAGAGGAAAGUAGCUUUAGUGAUAUUCCUGAUGUCAAGAAUGACUUUGCUUUUCUGUUACACAUGGUCGACCAGUAUGAUCAGCUGUACUCUAAACGAUUUGGGGUGUUUCUCUCUGAGGUUAGCGAGAACAAACUACGAGAAAUAAGCCUUAAUCAUGAGUGGACUUUUGAAAAACUUCGUCAACAUGUGUCAACCAAUGCUCAAGAGGAGCAGGAACUUCACCUCUUUAUGUUGUCGGGACUCCCUAAUGCGGUAUUCGACCUCACUGAUCUGGAAAUCUUAAAGUUAGAGCUUAUUCCUGAGGUCAGAAUUUCAGCUAAAGUUUCUCAGAUGACCAACCUACGGGAGUUACAUCUAUAUCACUGCCCUGCUAAAGUGGAACAAACUGCUUUCACUUUUCUCCGUGACCAUUUACGAUGCCUUCACAUUAAGUUUACUGAUGUCGCAGAAAUCCCACCAUGGAUUUAUCUGUUGAGGAGCCUCAAGGAACUGAACCUGUUUGGGAACUUGAACUCUGAACACAACAAGAUGAUUGGACUGGAGUCACUGAGAGAUCUGAGACACUUGAGGACACUGUACCUUAAAAGCAACCUUAACAAAAUACCCUCAAACCUAACAGAUUUGUCACCACAUCUCGUUAAAUUAGUGAUACACAACGAUGGGACUAAAUUACUGGUGCUGAAUAGUCUUAAGAAGAUGACCAGUCUGGUUGAUCUGGAGCUCCAUAACUGUGAUUUGGAGAGGAUUCCCCAUUCCAUCUUUAGCUUGGCUAACUUGCAAGAACUUGAUUUGAAGAAUAACAACAUCCGCACCAUUGAGGAGAUCAUCAGUUUUCAGCAUUUGAGAAGACUGGUGUGCCUCAAGUUGUGGUACAACAAGAUCAGCACUAUUCCACCAUCUAUAGGCCUUGUGAAGAGUCUGGAGUCCCUAAUUAUCUGUCACAAUAAAGUGGAGAGCCUUCCUCCAUCUCUGUUUCACCUUCCAAAACUGAGGCACAUUGACCUCAGCAACAACUCCAUCUCAAAUAUACCCGUAGAGAUAGGACUCCUUCACAAUCUUCAACAUUUUGCAAUCACAGGCAACAAGGUAGAAGUUCUACCUAAUCAACUGUUCAAGUGUUCAAAACUGAAGGUUUUGUGUGUGGGUCAUAACAACAUCACCAGCAUCCCAGACUCCAUUGGCCAGUUAGUUCAGCUGUCCCACCUAGAGCUCAAAGGGAACUGCUUGGAUUACCUUCCAUUUCAGCUUGGCCAAUGUCAGCUUCUUCGGAAGAACCUCCUCUUUGUAGAGGAUCAUCUUUUUGACACACUGCCUCUUGAGGUCAAGGAUAGCAUGAGUAGUGAUUAAUGGAACGUAUCUGAAGGGAUUUAAGCAUUACACUUUGUGUUUGAUGACACAACUAUCAGACAAACCAAAAUGCUUAAUAAAUGAAUAUGUAAAGGAUAACGCAGCUUUUUUUUAUGGGCCUGCCAAUAUAUCAUCAACAAUACGGUCUAGAAGCGGGCCUCAAAGACAGGAAGAAAAAACACAAGUGUUGCAAAAUAUAACAGGAACGUUGCAAACAACAGGUUUGUGUUUGCUUCUGUUUGCCUAAAAUGUAGGUUUAAUUUAAAUCUUGUUCUGUUACAUUUUUUCAUGUGUAUAUGUUUGUAUUUGCAAACAUUUCUUGUUGUUGAAUAUGCAGACUGAUGUUUCUUAUAAAGGGACAGUUCACCCAGAUUUGAAAUUCUGCCAUCAUAGCCUCAUCUUCAUGUCACUCAAAACGUCUAUUAAUUUCUCACUUUGGUAAA